AUGAUUUCAUAUGAAUUAAUGAAAAUGAAUAUAGGAAAUAAAGUUUACCUAAAAAACAUUGACCAGAUAGAUGAAAAAUCACAUAUCAAGGUUCGGGUGCUUAAUAUUUGGAACUUUGUGAGAAAUAAUAAAGUUGAUUCAAUUGAAAUGAUCAUGAUGGACGAGGGGGGUACACAAUACCAUGCUCGUGUCUUCAAUCAGAAUUUCUCCAGAUUUCGUCAUCUUUUAAAGGAAGAUGAAAGUUAUAUAGUUAUAAAACCCAAUAUGGCUGCUGUUACUAAUGGUUUUAGUUAUACAGGUCAUAAACAAACCUUAACUUUGGAUUGGAAAAGCAUCCUAAAAAAGUGUGAUGAUUUCUCGGGUCCGGUCAAUGGAUUUAUGUUUGUUGAUUUUAAUUCUAUCAUAGAACAAACAUGCCCAAGGGACACAUUCUUUGUUUAUCCUGUGUUAUCUCUUGUGGUAGAUGUUAUUGGACAGAUUGUGUCAUUUAGGCCUCUUGAAACUUCAAAUCCAGUAGCAUCCAAGCAUUAUAUGAAACUCACGCUUAGCAACCUAGAUUCUGUACAUCUGAAGGUUACUAUUUUUGGAAGUCAAGCAUAUCAAAUGUCAGAAUAUCUAAAAAAUAACCCGACGGUUAAUUGUGUUGUUAUCGUGAUGCAGUUUUUGAAGCUAAACAUUUGGAAUGAUAUUGGUGAAGCUAAAAGUCAUUUUGAAGUAACGAAAUUGCUCAUAAGUUCUAACAUUUAUGAAAUAAAUGAGUUUAAAAAUAACAUAACUACACUUCAAAGCUACUCUUCUUCAUAUACAGAUGACUUUAAGGGCAAUUUUCUAUUAAAAACAGUUUGUGAGAUCACCGAACCAAUUAAGGAAAUGAAGUUUUUAUUAGUUGCUUCCAUUGUUAAUAUAAGGCAGAAUCUGCCAUGGUAUUAUGAAGCAUGCAACAAAUGUGGAAAAAAAAUAACCCCUGUUCCCAAAACCAAUCAUUUGUAUACCGACCCUGAAAAAAUUUCAGAAACUAUUGUUGUCAAGUGUACAAAUGCACAAUGCAAAAAAUCUGAAAUUCAGACAAUUAUAAAGUAUAUAAUUCCAAUCAACGUACAAGAUUGUGCUGGAACCAUUGGAUUGACUCUUUUUGAUAGGGAAGCAAAGAGACCGUUAAAUAUAAGUGCAUACGAGUUGAAAAAGAUACAUGAAGCGGCCGGAGACAGUGAUGGACUAUUUCCAAUGCAACUUAACGUUUUGAAAAACCGCAAGUUUGGUUUUGUUGUAGAUAUUAUAGAAUACAAUGUCAACAACUAUAAUAACAUCUACACAGUUCUCAGAGUUAUAGAAGAUAUGUCCAUUGUUUUUGAAUCGGAAAGUAAAAUAGAACUUAUGAGUAUUCAAUCUGUCUCCUUAAAUCAAGUUGCUUUGGAAUCAGAUGAUGUUGUACAGCCUGUUCAAAAGGAUGUGAUCUCACAAACAAAUGAAAGUUUUUCACCCUCAACAGUUGAUAAGUCAAUUGCAACAAGUUCUAGCAAAAUAUCAAAUGAUUUGAAGCGCAACCUCCAAGAAAUUUAUGAUGUUGAAUCUAGAGAUGAUUUGAGUUCAACUAAGGCUAAAAGAAAGUCAACAGGAGAGGAAACUCCACUCAUAAUUCCAAAAAUGGAGAAGUGA